AUGUCUGACAAAAGUGAGCUGAAGGCUGAGCUUGAAAGAAAGAAGCAGCGCUUAGCUCAAAUCAGAGAGGAGAAAAGAAGGAAGGAGGAAGAGCGCAAGAAGGCGGACCAACAGCUGAAAGAAGUCGCACUCCAGCAGGAUGACUCUGACCUGGAGAAAAAAAGACGAGAAGCCGAGGCUCUUCUGCAGAGUGUGGGCAUAACCACGGACGCCGCCGUGGUCCCUCCUCCCACAUCUCCCACUGCCAAAUCGGCGGGGACGCCAAGUGAGGCAGGAAGCCAGGACUCUGAUGGAGCUGUGGGACCCAGGAGGGCAACGCCAAAACUGGGCAUGGCCAAAGUCACACAAGUGGACUUCCCACCACGUGAAACUGUCUCCUACACAAAAGAGACGCAGACACCUGUCCUGACCCAGUCCAAGCAAGAGGAGGAAGAAGAAGAAGAGAUUGCUCCACCUCAACCAGUAGUGGAGACCCAGACUGAGAAACUGGACCAGAAGGAGGAGGAGGAAGCCCCCCCCCACGAGCUGACGGAGGAGGAAAAACUCCAAAUCCUGCACUCGGAGGACUUUGCCAAUUUCUUCGACCACAGCACUCGCAUUAUUGAGCGAGCUUUGUCCGAGCACGUGGACCUCUUCUUUGACUACAGUGGCCGGGACCUGGAGGAGAAGGAGGGUGAAAUUCAGGCUGGAGCAAAGCUGUCCCUCAACAGGCAGUUCAUGGACGAACGCUGGUCCAAACACCGUGUUGUCACCUGCCUGGACUGGUCCCCCCAGGUCAUUGUUGCGGACAUUUCUUUCCCUAAGAAAGCCAACUAUCCUGAGCUCUUUGUUGCCUCAUACAACAACAACGAGGAUGCUCCACACGAACCAGACGGCGUGGCUUUAGUGUGGAACAUGAAGUACAAGAAAGCUACACCAGAGUACGUCUUCCACUGCCAGUCUGCCGUGAUGUCGGCGGCCUUUGCGAAAUUCCACCCAAAUGUCGUGGUGGGGGGGACGUACUCGGGGCAGAUCGUCCUGUGGGACAACAGGAGCAACAAGAGGACGCCGGUGCAGAGGACGCCGCUGUCAGCCGCCGCUCACACGCACCCGGUGUAUUGUGUGAAUGUGGUCGGCACCCAGAACGCCCACAACCUGAUUAGCAUCUCCACUGAUGGCAAGAUAUGCUCCUGGAGUCUGGACAUGCUCUCUCAGCCACAGGACAGCAUGGAGCUGGUGUUCAAGCAGUCCAAAGCCGUGGCCGUCACCUCCAUGUCCUUCCCCCUAGGAGACGUCAACAACUUCGUGGUGGGCAGCGAAGACGGCUCCGUCUACAUGUCCUGUCGGCACGGAAGCAAGGCGGGCAUCAGCGAGAUGUUCGAGGGCCACCACGGCCCCAUCACAGGGAUCCACUGCCACACAGCUCCAGGCCCGCUGGACUUCUCCCACCUGUUCGUCACCUCGUCCUUUGACUGGACAGUCAAGCUGUGGAGCACCAAGAACAACAAACCGCUGUACUCGUUUGAGGAUAACUCUGACUACGUGUACGACGUCAUGUGGUCUCCCACGCACCCUGCCCUGUUUGCCUGUGUGGACGGAGUGGGCCACCUGGACCUGUGGAACCUGAACAAUGACACAGAGGUGCCGACCGCCAGCGUCACAGUGGAGGGCAACCCGGCCCUGAACCGGGUCAGAUGGGCUCACACUGGCAGAGAAAUCGCGGUGGGAGACUCUGAUGGACGAGUUCUCGUGUAUGAAAUUGGAGAACAAAUUUCGGUCCCGCGGAACGAUGAGUGGACCCGCUUUGUUCGCACACUGGCAGAGAUCAACGAGAACAGGGAUGACGCGGAGGAGCUGGCGGCCCAGCGGCUCGCGGCGUGA